AUGCCUCCCAAGGUAUCCAAGUCAAGCAGUCUAAAGACUUUGCGGGUUAAAUUGUCGGAAACUAUUACGGAUUUUGAACAUAUAAGAAAGUUUAUUUCAAUUAUCGGAGAAACUACCACGUGCAGUCAGGUUAAGGUGAGACUGGAAAGGCUUGACGGUUUGUGGGAGAGAUUUAGCGAUACGAUUAUCGAAGUUAAAACUCAUGAAGAUUUUGUUGCGGAAGACUUUAACUUUUCUAAGGAACGCCAAGAUGUUAGCGAUUUUUACUAUGAGGCCAAGGCUGUGUUGAUGGAUAAGCUUAAGGAGCUGCAGGAGCCUUUUGUCGAUAGUGUUGAUCGCUUGAAUGAAUCGGCUGCUCAUCAUACUCUAGAUCAUGUUCGGUUACCACAAAUAAAAUUGCAGACAUUUAGCGGGAACAUUGAUGAAUGGAUGAGCUUUCGUGAUCUGUAUACUUCUCUCAUUCACUGGAAAACUGAUCUUCCAGAUGUAGAGAAGUUUCAUUAUCUCAAGGGCUGUUUGCAAGGUGAGCCAAAGAGUUUGAUCGAUUCUCUACAAAUUACGCGAGCAAAUUAUCAGGUGGCUUGGGAUCUUUUGGUCAAGCGUUACAAUAAUAGUAAGUUGUUGAAGAAGAAACAAAUCCAAGCUUUAUUUAGGCUUCCUCAACUUACAAAAGAAUCCCCAUCGGAAUUGCACAGUUUGGUUGAAGAUUUUCAAAAGGCGGUUCAAAUUUUAGAUCAGGCAGUCCAAUCUGCUGAUUACAAGGAUUUGCUGUUGAUACAUUUGCUAACGAGUCGUUUAGAUCCAGUUACUCGUCGCAGUUGGGAAGAACACUCAGCAUCUGAGGAACAAGAGACAAUUUCCCAGCUUAUGGAUUUUCUUCAGAAAAGGGUCACUGUUUUGGAAUCUUUACCGGUUAAAUCUGCAGAUACUAAAUUUGCUCAGCAACAUCCUUCGAAGUUUCGGUUACCAUUUGUAAAAACAAGCUACGGAUCUUUUCAAACGUCAGGUUCAAAUUGCCCCAUGUGUUCUGGUGGUCACUUCUUAUAUGAGUGUGCUGAGUUUAAAAAACUAAACGCAACGGAAAGGGACUCGGUCUUGUUGAAACAAGAGUUGUGUCGGAAUUGUCUUCGAGCUGGGCACCAGUCAAGGGAAUGCAAAUCGAAAUUCUCUUGUCGGAAUUGCAAGGGACGUCAUCACACCUUGGUUUGCUUUCGAUGUGGUAACGGAAAUAUUGCUAGCACAAGUAGUUCAAAUAAUCGGAACCACAGAAAUUCGGUAAAUUCGGCAAGCAUAGAGUCAGAGGAGUCAGUGAACGUCACGUCAGUGUCGGCGUCAGGUGUGGAGCGUCCGGCUACGGUUUUGCUUGCUACGGCAGUGGUUUGGUUGGAAGAUGAGUAUGGUCGGAAGGUUCCGGCAAGAGCACUUCUCGAUUCCGGGUCGGAAUGCAAUUUUGCCACGGAAAGAUUGAGUCAGCUAAUCAAUGCAAGUCGGAAAAAGGUGUCGGUUACUGUGCAAGGAAUUGGUCAAUCAAAUGCACAGGUGAAGCAACAAAUUCGAGCAAAAUUACGGUCGAGAGUGUCGGACUUUUCUCUAACGACGGAUUUUCUAGUUUUGCCUAAGGUUACUGCAAACUUACCAACGCAAUCGGUUGAUAUUUCGGGCUGGAGAAUGCCCCGGGAAAUAACUUUGGCAGACCCAGCAUUUUUCAAAUGCAGAUCAGUAGACAUUGUGUUGGGAAUUGAAUCAUUUUUCUCGUUCUUUAAAUCAGGUCAGGAAAUUUCUCUGGGCAACAACCUCCCAACAUUGAUUGAGUCUGUUUUUGGAUGGGUGAUUUGCGGUGGUCAAUCUCUAUCAAACACAAGUGACCAAAUCACCUGUAAUGUGUCAGUUUCGGAAACUAUAGAGGACAUGGUUUCUCGGUUUUGGUUGAGCGAGGAAAUCGAUGUUGGUCCCAGUUUUUCGCCUGAAGAAGCACGCUGUGAAGAGAUUUUUAAAAAGGACGUUCAACGUUCUGAUGAUGGUCGGUAUAUUGUCAGUUUACCAAAGAAUGGGUCUGUUAUUCAGCGUUUGGGUGAAUCGAGGAGAAUCGCGAUCGACCGUCUCAAGGGUACAGAGCGCAGGUUAGCUCGGAAUCCUGUUUUAUACGAGGAAUAUCAUAAAUUUAUGAAUGAGUACAUUCAGUUGGGUCAUAUGCGAAAGGUUGAAGAAAGGGAUUCCAAAAAGCGGUGCUUUCUCCCACAUCACCCAGUUCUUAAAGAGGCCAGUACAACGACUAAAGUUCGUGUUGUCUUCGACGCAAGUUGCAAAACUUCUUCAGGCGUUUCUUUGAAUGAUGCUUUGCUGCUGGGUCCGACAAUUCAACAAGAUCUUCGCUCGAUUAUUUUGCGCAGUCGGACAAGACAAAUCAUGAUCGUUUCAGACGUCGAAAAAAUGUUUCGGCAAGUUUAUGUCAGGCAGGAAGAUCGGCCUCUACAAUGCAUUCUUUGGAGAGGUUCUCCAGAAGAGGAAAUAAACGUCUACGAAAUGAAUACGGUCACAUAUGGUACGAAGCCAGCUCCAUUCUUAGCAACUAGGGCCCUGAAACAAUUAGCUAUUGAUGAAAGAGAAAACUACUCAAAGGCAGCACGGGUACUGCUGAACGAUGUCUAUAUGGAUGACGUCAUUACCGGAGCAGACACAACGGAAGAAGCGAUUAUUUUGCGUCAGAAACUCGACUCAAUCAUGAAAGCGGGUGGAUUUUUACUUAGGAAAUGGGCUUCGAAUAGUCCGGAAGUGUUGAAAGGAGUUUCACAGCAGAACUUAGCGAUCAAGGAAUCAGACGAAAUCCUGUUGGACCCAGACCCGUCAGUAACUACGCUUGGUUUAGUUUGGAGACCAAAGUCAGAUGUUUUGAAACUCAAAUUUCAAAUUCCAAGGUUAGAAUUGACGGAACAGUUAACGAAAAGGAAAAUCUUGUCAGUUAUAGCGUCUUUGUUUGACCCACUGGGCCUGGUUGGAGCUGCCAUCAUGACAGCAAAAAUUUUCCUGCAAUUACUUUGGACCUACGAAGACAGUAAUGGUAAAAAAUUGGAUUGGGAUUCACCUCUACCUAAAACGGUGGGUGAGGAAUGGUGGAAAUUUUAUAAACAACUUCCCUUGCUACAAGAAAUUAUUAUCAAUCGUUGCUUAAUCAUUCCUAAUGCUGUUUUAGUGGAAAUACAUUGUUUUUCGGAUGCGUCAGUGAAGGCUUUUGGCACGUGUGCUUACGUGAAAAGCAAAGAUGCAGAAGGCAUUGUUUGGAUACGGCUGGUCAGUUCUAAAUCCAAGGUUGCACCACUGAAGUGUCAGUCGAUUCCACGUUUGGAGCUGUGUGGCGCUUUGAUGGCUGCCCAACUCUACCAAAAGCUAGCAGAAUCACUUGAAAUAUCGUGUAAGGUAUAUUUUUGGACAGACUCUUCGUGCGUCUUGCGAUGGCUGGAAUCGACACCCUCCACAUGGACUACGUACGUCGCAAACCGAGUUUCUAAAAUUCAAACCAUAACAGAAAGCCACACUUGGAGUCAUGUUGCAGGAGUUGAUAAUCCAGCGGAUAUUAUUUCUCGCGGUAUUUAUCCAGAAUCUAUUUUAGAAAACUCACUAUGGUGGAAGGGACCCAGUUGGUUAAUUCAUGACCCAGAAUUUUGGCCUAAAUCUGUCUUACAAUCGUCGAAUGAAGUUGAAGAAGAGAGAUGUCGGAAAACUGUUGCUAACGUUUCCGCACCGUUAGCAGACUUCAACGACUGGUAUAUUAGUCAUCACGCCACAUAUACGGAUUUAAUACGAAAAACAGCGUACUAUUUGCGACUCAUGGAAUUAUUAAAAUUGCCUAAAGAGAUGCGCAAGAACUCCGGAUUUUUAUCCACGGCUGAGCUAAAAGUAGCAGAACACAUUUUAGUUUCCCGAGUGCAACGUGAAACGUUUCCCAAUGAAUGGAAAGCUUUGUCAUCUGGUCAGGUUGUUGCAUGUAAAUCCCCUUUACGUUGGUUCAAUCCUUACAUUUCUCCUGAAGAUGGGAUCAUGAGAAUUGGUGGCAGAUUGAGUCAUUCACAGGAAUCAGCUGAUACAAAGCACCAGAUUAUCCUACCAGCUAAACACCCUUUCACACAGAAGCUGAUAGAACACUACCACGAAAAGCUGAUGCACGCGGGCCCUCAACUUAUGCUAGCUGUAAUUAGGCUGAAAUACUGGCCCCUUGGUGGGAGAAAUUUAAUUAGAUUUGUUGUUCAUCGGUGUAUGAGAUGCUUCAAAUCAAAACCGUUGUUAGUUCAGCAGCAAAUGGGUGACCUUCUCCCUGCUCGGGUGACACCGUCAAGAGCAUUCUGCAAAACCGGAAUUGAUUAUUUCGGUCCUGUUCUUAUAAGACCAGGACCCAGGAGAGUAGCAGUAAAGGCCUAUGUCGCUGUCUUUGUCUGCAUGGCGGUAAAGGCAGUACAUUUAGAGCUAGUGUCAGACUUAUCGACAGGAAGAUUCCUUCAAGCUCUGAGAAGAUUUUUUGGACGCAGAGGAAAAUGCCAAGAAAUAUUCUCAGAUAAUGGGACUAAUUUUGUGGGAGCCAAGAACUACCUUCAAGAUCUCAGGCAUCUUUUGCAAAAUAAAGAUUUCCAAGAGAAGGUUUCGAAGGAAUGUGUCAAUGAUGGAAUCAAAUGGCAUUUUAAUCCCCCAAGUGGUCCGCACUUUGGUGGCUUAUGGGAGUCAGCUGUUAAGUCUGCAAAACAACAUCUUUUCAAGGUCAUGAAGGAAACAGCGCUCUCGAUUGAAGACAUGACAACACUUCUGGUUCAGGUAGAAGCCUGCCUGAAUUCCAGACCAUUAACUAAGAUGUCUGAUGACCCUGACGAUCUCGAACCAUUGACGCCUGCUCAUUUUUUAAUUGGUUCAUCACUGCAGUCGAUUCCUGAAGAAGAGCUGGUAAAUAUUCCCUUUAACCGCCUUGAUGCAAUUCGAUCCGUUCAGAAAAAUCUUCAGAAUUUCUGGAAGCGCUGGAAAACGGAAUAUUUAAAUCUACUACAAGGAAGAACAAAGCGUUGGCGUCCGGCAGUGUCGAUAGAUGUUGGUCGAUUGGUCGUUAUCCACGAAGAUCAUCUUCCGCCACUUAAGUGGAAAAUGGGAAGAAUUUACGAGGUUCAUCCGGGAGAAGAUGAGAUUGUGAGAGUAGUCACUCUUAAAACAAAAAAGGGAUUUGUGAAGCGACCAGUUGAGAAAAUAUGUUUGCUGCCGAUUUCAGAAUCGAAUGAUUCGAACGAAAUGUCGUCAUCAAAAUUAUGA